AUGGCGUAUUGGAGAUACUCCCGGACGGAUACGGCUUUCUGCGGUCACCCAACUACAGCUACCUGCCAGGACCGGAAGACAUCUACGUGUCGCCAUCGCAGAUCCGACGGUUCAACCUCAGGACCCGGCGACACGGUCGACGGACAGAUUCGCCCGCCCAAGGACGGCGAGCGUUUCUUUGCCAUGCUAAAGGUGGAAACGGUCAACGACAAUCCGCCGAUCGUCGCGCAGAACCGCGUGCCGUUCGACCAUCUCACGCCGCUCUACCCCGACGAACGCCUGAAUCUGGAGACCGCCGACGGCAACCUGGAAACGCGGAUGAUGAACCUGUUCUGCCCUCUGGGUAAGGGGCAGCGCGGGCUGAUCGUGUCGCCGCCGCGCGCCGGCAAGACCAUGCUGCUGCAGCGGGUCGCCAACGCCAUAACGGAGAACCAUCCCGAGGUCUUUCUCAUCGUGCUGCUGAUCGACGAGCGUCCCGAAGAGGUCACGGACAUGCAGCGCAAUGUCAGGGGAGAGGUGGUCUCCUCCACGUUCGACGAGCAGGCUACGCGGCACGUGCAGGUGGCGGAGAUGGUGAUCGAAAAAGCGCGACGUCUGGUCGAGCACAGGCGCGACGUGGUGAUUCUCCUGGACUCGAUCACCCGUCUGGCGCGGGCAUACAACCAGACUGUGCCGACCUCGGGAAAGAUCCUGUCCGGCGGCGUCGACUCGAACGCGCUGCACAAGCCGAAGCGCUUUUUCGGCGCGGCACGCAAUGUCGAGCACGGCGGCAGCCUGACCAUCGUCGCUACCGGCCUGAUCGAGACCGGCAGCCGCAUGGACGAAGUCAUCUUCGAGGAGUUCAAAGGGCACCGGCAACAUGGAGGUGCGCCUGGACCGCAAGAUCGCCGACCGCAGGAUCUAUCCGGCGAUCAACCUCAAGCAGACCGCCACCCGCAAGGAAGAGUUGCUGUUGAGCGAUCAGGAGCUGGCCAAGCUGUGGAUCCUGCGCAAGGCGCUCGGCCCCAUGGACGAACUGCAGACCGCCGAGUUUCUGAUCGAAAAGAUGCGCAAGACCAAGACCAACGAUGCCUUCCUGCGCUCGAUGAACACCACGGCGGUCGGCGACUGACGCUUCGCAGCUUGGGGGAGCCGCGCAGCGGCGGGACUCCCGCAUUCGCGCUCGACCGCGUCACGCUGCGCAAUGCGGCCCCGAUCCUGAAUGGCGUGAGCUGGUCGGCGGAGCUUGGUCAGCGCUGGGCGGUUCUGGGUCCCAACGGUUGCGGCAAGAGCACGCUGCUGCGCCUGCUGGCAGGCCGCGCGCAUCCCUCGUCGGGCACCGUCGAUCUGUUGGGGCACCGGGUCGGACGGGUCGAUCUGGGCCCGCUGCGGCGUGCGAUCGCCUGGGUUCACGCCGACUUGCUGCAGUGGAUCCCCCGUUUCCAGACUGUCCUGGAAACCGUGGUCGCCGGGAUGCGCGGCACCUUUGUGGUGUACGACCGAAUCGCGCCACCCGAGGCAGGCUUGGCCAGGGAAGAACUGCACGCGGUGGCGAUGUGGCCGUUGCGCGACCGUCGAUUCGUCACGCUGUCCACCGGCGAGCGGCAACGCACGCUCAUCGCACGCGCGUUCGCCGCGCGCCCGGCGUUGGUGCUGCUGGACGAGCCGUGCGCGGGCCUGGACCCGCGGGCGCGUGAGGAGUUCCUGACCGCGCUGCGAGCGGCCGUCGAUCGCUCGUCCGCCACGGUCGUCUACGUCACGCACAGCAUCGAGGAGCUGGACGGGUCCUAUGACGGAGUCAUGCUGAUGAAGGCGGGGUGCCUGCGCAGGAGCGGGGCCGCCGGCGACCCAGCUCACCGAGGCGAAUCUGUCACGGCUGUUCGGCGUGCCGUGCUCGGUGAUCGCCGGCGGCGGCCGCUACUGGCUGCAUGUCGGCCUAGCAGAACGAUCAGCGCAAUGAUCAGGGCGACGGGCAGGUAA